AUGACCACUCUGCGCAGCUGCGGAUUGCUGCUGUCGAUAGAGUGCUGUCGGUUGCUGCUGUCGAUUGAUGCUGUCGCCAACAUCCGUCGGGCCGAUGCAUCCAUCCCGUGGCCACAGGCACGCAGCAGCGCAACCAUCGCCGACAGCGCCGGAGAAUGCCGCGACAGGCCGGAGGAUGAGGGCAGCAGCCAGCACACGCACCCGAUUGGAUCGAUAGGGCUGCACCACAACCACCACAUCAGCAACAGGCGGCGGGCAGGAAACAAGUGGCGCACACAGACGCCAGCAAGGCGCCCGGAACAGGGGCGGAGACGGCUGCAUGGGCCCGCACAAUCAGCCGCCGGGUGCACAGCAGCGCGCACCACACCGCAGAACAGCAAGCACGCGGCUGCAGACACAACUGCACCACAAGGCCGGCCACCCGCCGGACACAGAACACACUGUCGCCAGGCACACCGCUCAGGCGCCGCUCCGCCAGCGCACCACUCGCACUCGGCCCGGCACAAGGCCGCUCCCGCAACAAGGGCACAGGCGCCAGAGUCCCCUCGGCACGGCACUGGCUCGGCGCUUGCCUGUUUGCUGCCCGCCGUGACACCGCUGCGCACCGAUCCAGCAGCGCGUCUCCGGGGACACCGCCGUCCGCGUCUGCCAUUGGUUCCUGCCCGCGCCCUUGCGGACCCCCGCAACCACCGGCGCUCCGCUCUGUGGCCGCCGAGCGGCGCUGUCCGACCGUCCAUCGCACCAAUCGAGCCCCACGGUGGCCAGCCCGACCAGCCGCGCGCAGCCGCCGCCGAUUGGCCGGCGCACGCUACACUUUUAUUGGGCGGACCCGCCACCACCGCCACCGGCACGCGGUUGCGCAGGAUGCACAAGCGCCGCGGCAGCUGA